GUCUAGAGUGUUUUUUAAAUUUUUAAUAAAGGAGCUGGAAACAUUGUCCGCAGUUGCUGUGCCUAGAAGUCGAAUCUAGCUAAUAAGAGAAAAUCUGGCUAAAUGUAAACAAAAAAAGGAUGACACAACUACGGAAUAGGGCGAGGCCAGCGUUAAAGGUAUAUCAUAGUGUGUAGCGCUAGUGGAUACUGUCCACGACUGGACUCUUAAAAUGGACACUGAGGGAGAAUAAAAACCGAGGGUGGCAGUUAUAGAUGCCAACUACCGUAAAAACCUCAUGGUAGAAGAAGAAGAAGCCCUUAUCCGGCUCUUUGAUAACGUCACUUCCGGACAAAUUUAAGCUAAUGCUACCGAGGAUACUAAAUAGUAAAUUAACUAAUGAUAGCUUUGAGCUCGAUUGACAUGUUUGGCUCACUUAGUCGAUGCUAGGACUAAUAACUCUCAGUGUUGUGGCGGCUUCAUUCCGCGUGCCGUGUCUCCCGGGACGCCUGUCGGGUCACACAUGUCUGGGGCCGCUCAUUGUUCCGCUGUAGCCAUGCGCUCAGGCUCCGCUCUCACUUGUCUUCUGGGUUGCGGUUUGCUUGCGACAGGGACCACAGCUACUAGCUAGCUUGGUAGCUAGCUAGCUACGCAUACGUUUCCCUCCAAGUGUUAACGGUUCUGUGGUUGUAUUUGUUCGUUUCUUGGACCUUAUUAUUGUCUGUCGCAGUCCGCGUCACAGCGGCGGUCCACAGAAACCGCACUUCGUUGGGUUUUAACACGUGCAAUACGUCAUUAGCUCGCCGAGCAAGCUAGCCAACCGGCGUAUUUUGAGGAAACGUCUUUUUUCUUCUUGAUGCCAUUAAACUCGCUGUUGCCUUGACCCUUGCAGUGGACUACAUUAACAGAUACAGGCCUGCCAUCGUCCACUAACGUUUCCUCACCCGGCCAGGAGCCGGAGCAUUCAUCUCUGGUCUUUUUUUUGUUUUUUUUUUGCCUGCCACGAUGGCUUCUUCCUCUGGAAACGACGACGACCUCACCAUCCCCAGAGCAGCCAUCAACAAGAUGAUUAAAGAAACUCUCCCGAACGUACGAGUGGCCAACGACGCCAGGGAGCUCGUGGUCAACUGCUGCACGGAGUUCAUACACCUCAUCUCCUCUGAAGCCAAUGAAAUAUGCAACAAGUCCGACAAGAAGACCAUCUCUCCUGAGCAUGUCAUCAACGCGCUCGAGAGCCUGGGUUUCGCCUCGUACAUCACGGAGGUAAAAGACGUCCUCCAGGAGUGUAAAACUGUAGCUCUGAAGAGGAGGAAGGCCAGCUCUCGACUGGAGAACCUGGGGAUCCCAGAGGAAGAGCUCCUCAGGCAGCAACAGGAAUUGUUUGCCAAGGCGCGGCAGCAGCAGGCGGAGCUCGCCCAGCAAGAGUGGCUACAGAUGCAGCAGGCCGCCCAACAGGCACAGAUGGCAGCGGCAUCUGCCAGCGCCGCCCAACAGGCCAGUUCCUCUCAGGACGAAGACGAGGACGAUGACAUGUGAUUCCCAGGACUCCUUCAGGAUCCCCUCCUGGGACCCCACUGGCACACAACUCCCUCAGUGCUGUCAUUGGCAGAGACAUGAAGCGGGUUUGACCACUGGCAUACAUCAGUGUAACAUGGAUAAUGCACAUCGGAAUGGACACUGAAGAGAAGGACAACUGCGGUUUUCUAGACGGUCUCACUCUCGUUCAGACACCGGAACCUGAAAAUAAUUUUGAUCGAGAGGAUGCAGAGUUUUUGAGCAGCCUCCCCCUUUUUUCUUCCCCCAGAUGCUUCUGUUUAAUUAUAUCUUGAUAGUAUGUUGUGAGUGAUUUGUAGAUUUCUGGAUGUGUUGUGGACACUGAGGGCAUUGCCCGGGAUAUGUCAAUGAAUGUUGGUGAUAUUGCAACAAGUGUUCGGACCCGCGGGUACUGCACCAGAUAGCAUUCUUCAUGUUAUCCGUUGUACUAGGAUCACUUUUGGUGGUUUAGGAGAACUGCUUUAGAAUAAUUUCAGAGCAGUCGAUUUCUCCUUUCUUGUGGUUUGAUGGUCACUUUAACAGAAAGGGUUUUCUCUACCCCCCUCUUGAUAUAUUUGUUUAUCAGGGGAUCAUCAGAAGAGAUGUGAAUAUAGGAUUCUUUUUUUCUUUUCUCAUUAAGUAGAGAAUUAAAUGGACAUUUUGGUUGAUUUUUAGAUCAUUCAGAUGCUUAAUGUUGCAUUUUUCUUUCUAUCUUGAACCACCUGCAGUAUUGCUAAUUAACUACACGUUUCAGAAACUCUAUAUUUUUGUCUCAUAGAACCAAAGAUAGAGGAGAGACUAACAGCCCAGAUUUUUUUUUGGUUUUAUUAAAGGUGUAGGUGCUGAGGUGAUUCUUGCUGCUGACUCCGGGUCAGUCUCAACAAUGUUAAGGAUUAUUAACCUUCAAAUUUGUAAGAUGCUUUGAUAUCCAGGCUGACCUCUCUUCGGGUGCAGUAUCAAACAUUUGCAUUGUGACUGGUCAAUCCUCAGCGUAAAGACAAGUAACCUAGUUGUGAUACACAUUCACUCGCCUAUGCUACGAAGUUGUAUUCUUUAAGCAAUAAAGAAAUCGUAUUUUAUAGACAA